AUGAAAAUUCGAAACUUAAAAACACAAAAAUAAUUGACCUAUCUUGUUCCAGUACAGACUUAAAUUAAAUUAAAAUUAAAUAUUAAAUCGGGUGUUUAAAUUAAAGAGUGGGAUACAUUAAAGGGGGGGGGAUGUAGUAUUGCGUUAAUAAGAAGUGCAUUGCUUUUAUUGUUUUCAAAAUUCGUUUCCAUAAAUGUCAACUAUUUUUGUUAUCUUACAGCCCCAGAAGCAGCGCUUGCAUGUCCAGCCGGAUGUCCAGCAGGUACAUCAUCUCAUUGGAUGGCCACCUUUUGAAUGGAAAAAUGCAGACAUGCUUUAAAGUGUGCUCGAGUCUUUUUUAAAGUAAUCAAUUAUACGCGUUUGGGACUGCGAGAAAGCUCUUUUAUAGGGUUUGUCUUCUCUUGAACGAGUUCCCAUCUAAGUUUGACUGGUCCCAUCCACCCAUCAAAAGAAAAAAAAAAUAAUGCUCAAAGACGGGGUUUCUCCCAUAAGUUUUCGUCGUAACAUAUUAUUCAAAUAUGUUUAAAAACAUUUCUCUUCCAACGGACUACAGGUCAGACGUGUCAACUACGACAAAUGGGGUGUCCUACAGGUACGCAAGGUGUGCAAGGUACAGGUACGUCUUGCGUGCCGGUCGUGGUUCCAACAUGUCUACCGGUGAGAAUUUCCGAAACAUGAUUCACUAAUGAAGAUUACUUGAUUUUUACCACAUAUGUUUUAUUUUGAAUUGGAAGAUCAACAAAAUAAGAAAAAAAAAUAUACAUGAAUGUCUUUUCUUAGUUAAACUUGUCUAAUAAAUAUAACCUCAUGAUUACUGAUAAUAGUAGAGAAUGUAGUACUUUGCGGAAAGAAGGAUAUAAAACAAUAAUUAAUAAUUCACAAUUUUGUUUUCACCCCACUUAGGUAGCAUCCCAUUAGUUAUUUGUAAUAAAGGAAGACACUUCACAAUUGAAUUUUUAAAAUAGUGUAUUAAAUUAACGGUAGGCUUGCACACACAAAAAAUAAUAACAAUACAAUAAAGUAAUUUGCGAAAUGGUUUGAUUUUGAAAGUUAAUUUAUGUGUGAAUUUCUUUGAGGAAAACAUCGAUUAAUUAAUUACCUUAACUCGUGUUUACCAAAUUUCUCCAAAAGUAAACUAAAUGUGUGGAUUUAAAUAUAUAUAAUUAGAGAGAGAGACCCCUGUUAUUAAUAUUUUUUUUCCAAUCCAGCCCAUUCCACCCAUCGACCAAUGCGGCGGUUGCCCACAAGGUCAAGUCUGCAAGCCGUCCGGGGUAAACUGCCUUGUACAGCCGUGCCCCACAAGUGAGUGCGUCAAUUACGAGCCCCAGUUGGGCAGCUGCCCAAAAGUGAGCAGAUUCUUGCCGCUUUUAAACUUUGCUUGCCUCGGAGAGAAGUUCAGGGUAAGAUUUUGCGCCAGUGACGAGAACUGUAGGAAAGACCUCAGUGAGAGGUGUUGUAUCUCACAGUGUAACAGAAGGGUCUGCACGGCGGUGCCCGUUGUGCAUUGAGUAUUUUUGGUCAUGGCUAAUGUGUGAAGUAUAUUAAAAUUGUAAUGAACUUAUGGAUUCAACAUUUUUCUUGCCGUUCAACUGUUCAACUGGGAAUCAUUCUGUUACGAGCCUCGUUAUUCUUAGUAAUACAGGCAUCGCUGUUAAAUUAAACCAUAUUAAGACAAGCCUAGCUGUUAUGUCAAUCCAAAGUAACACAAGACUGGAUAUGUCAAACCUUAAUAUACACAACCGGCUGUUAUGUCAAACCAUAUUAGUAUAGCUAUGUCAAACCAUGUCCAGUAUGUCAAUUAAUGGUCAAAAAGGCAUGGCCAGUAUGUCAAACCAUAGUAAUACUUGCCUGGAUGUUAUGUCAAACCAUAGUAAUACAUACCUGGAUGUUAUGUCAAACCAUAGUAAUACAUGCCUAGAUUUUACACCAAAUAUACUUUACCGAUACGCGCUUAACUAGUGCAGUUAUUCCCCCUGAUAUUUUUAUGUGCACUUUUUGUUUGGGAUUUUAUACUAUAUAAGAGAUCGUCAAUGCUAGCGUUUCCAAUAUAGGCCUACUCCCCAGCCCCCUUAACGUUAUAUGGCAGAGUCUAUACUUUUGGAUAAAUCCACUGUCUAUCUAGUACACAGAGUGGGAGUGUUGAAACCUUCAUUAAAACAUAUACGUUUAUCAUUAUUUAUUUAUGCUGUUGUGAUAACAACAAACCAAGGACCCUAUACAUUUAUCAAAAGACUCUCCCAAUUCCACAACCCUAUGAUGGUCAGAUGCUCGUGAAACGAUGCGCUGAAGGCCAGAUCCCCAUAACUGAUGGUGAUAGUUAUUUGUAUUUGUUGAAUACCCAGAAGUGUUUCCAAUUAUAUUGUCAGUAAGUCCAUGAACCAGUCCUAUACUUAAAAAUUUCCAGUGUUUCCCUAAAUUCGUUAUUAUAGGUGUAUGGAAUGGUCUCCAGAUAAACAGCUUUUAGCUGAAAAGUUUUAUUCCAAGUUUUAAAUAUCUUCCUUUCCUUGCAGCGACAACCAUUUUCUUAUAUUUUGGGUUAACAUAUCGUGCAGUUGCAUUAUCAAAUUAUAAUUAUAUGUAUAAUAUAUAUAACUACAUUAGAAUUAUUUGAAUGAAGUGCUAUGUGUACUCGAUUGAUAAUUAUUCUUUGACAUUUUGUUUUU